AUGGCUUACAAGUACCAACAUCGCUCAUUGCAGGGCCCCAAAUCCUUCGUCUUCUACGUGGUAGCGCGUGUUGGCCCAAAUGGAGAAUACCAUCCGCUCGCCGUCGCAUCCAGAGACGACCCUGGCGAACGAGGCUUCGCCGGUUUGGACGUCAUCAACGCUUGCCUUGGAGUGCGCAAAUUAAUAGCCUCCAAGGACAACCGGGCCGCCAUAGCAGCAGAGGUUCGUCUAGCCAAGGCGUUCUAUAGUGUUCCCCGAACCACUCAGAGGGUUUAUGCGUCGGAUGUUGCUGUUCCUGACACUAUCUCCGAAACUGAGCGGGCUGCGUGGUCAUUUCCUAUAUCGGAUAGUAGCCCAAUAGCCUUCCCAGCCACAUCUACCUGCCUCUUGGCGGGCUUAGGCUUCGAUCUCGAGUCCAAGACGGCACAGGAUCACGUCGAAUUGAAGCCUCUUAGCUUCACCCUGGGGCCGACGCUGGACAAUCGAGGCAUGGUCAUCGUUGAUGUUACCCAACCACACUCUGUUCGGCAAGGCAUGCUCGCUUAUGACUUCGUCAAACAACCCUAUAACCAAGACGAUCCGUUCUUUGGCUUGACGCUGGGCGAUUCCGAUGAUUCCGAGGUGGAGCUAGGUUUCGACGACGAGACCAUAUACCCCCCAGGCCCAGAGCCCGUUGAAGAUUGGUCCCAAAUGCCGCUAGAUCCUAAAGGCUACAGAGCCAAGUUUGACUACGGUUGGCCUUAUGGUGCUGACGAGAAGAUUGCCAUGGCCCAGGCUGUCUGGAAGCCAAUUGACGCCGCUGCUCUACAUUGUAAGCAACUACUACCCCCAUUGUACAGGAUUGCUAACGACGUGACUAGCCAUCUGGCCAACCAGCAAUCCUUCGUCCACUGGUUCUCCUCCCAGGGCAGCACCACCAGCAGGAGACCAGGAUCUCGCCAGUCUGAUCCAAAAGACCCAGCUCGUGGACGGAUUCAGCGAUGCAGACAUCAAUGUACCCCUAGCUAG